AUGUUGAAUGCUUUCAUGGGUAGUGUUUAUGAAGAAGCAGUAAUUAAAGGUAGACAAGCUUUAUUAAAGUGUAAGGCAAACCAAAUAGCCGAUUAUGAAGGAAAGUCUGCCGAAAUAAUCCUUGCAAAUGAUGAAGGUCAGGUAGAUGUCGGGAAGUCAGAUGAUACAUCAAGAAAAGGUCAGGUAGAUAUUGGGAAGUUAACUCAGGAAGUUGAGAAAUUGAAGGUCAAUUUGAGUUCCAAUGAAAGGAUUCUCAAAUGA